UGGCCACUCUUCGCCUCCCGGUGACCUCCUGGCUGGGGUGGCGCUCUGAGGGCGUGGCGCUGGCUCUUUAAAAAUCUCCGCAGCCACUGAACGACUUUUUUUUUUUUCCUUUGGACUGCCGGCUUGUGUGAGUGCCGAGAGGAUAUGUCCAGCAUCACUCCGGUUAGAUCGCCCACACUGCAGUCAAACAAGAUGAAGAAGGAAGAAUCUUUCUUGGGAAAACUCGGGGGCACGUUGGUCAGGAAGAAAAGGGCCAAGGAAGUGAGUGACCUCCAGGAAGAAGGAAAGAAAGCAAUCAACUCUCCCCUUUUGCCAACGAGUACAGACCUACACCCUGAGGAUGCGCUACUGGAGGAGAACGCAGAGAGAAGCAUGCUUGAUCCAGCAUCAAGAGAAGACCCCAAGUUUAAAGAACUGCUCCGAGUCUUAAUUGACUGGAUAAACAAUGAGUUAGAGGAAGAAAGGAUCAUCGUGAAGGACCUGGAGGAAGAUCUCUAUGACGGCCAGGUUCUCCAGAAGCUCUUUGAAAAGCUUUCAGGGAGGAAGUUGAAUGUGGCAGAGGUAACACAGUCAGAGAUUGGGCAAAAACAGAAGCUGCAGACCGUACUGGAGGCCGUCAAUGAUCUUCUACGGCCCAACGGCUGGGCAAUUGAAUGGAGUGUGGAUGCCAUUCACUCAAAGAAUCUAGUUCCCAUUGUUUUUCUCCUGGUAGCAUUGGCAAUGCACUUUCAAGCUCCUAUUCGCCUUCCAGAACAUGUUUCUAUUCAUGUGAUCCUUGUGAAGAAAAGAGAUGGACUGCUUCAGACCACUCACGUGACCAAGGAGUUAACCACCACUACAGAAAUGAUGAUGGGGAGGUUUGAAAGAGAUGCCUUUGAUACACUGCUGGAUCAUGCUCCUGAUAAGCUCAAUGUUGUAAAAAAGUCUCUCAUCACCUUUGUCAAUAAACAUCUCAACAAGCUGAAUCUGGAGGUGACAGAGCUGGAGACCCAGUUUGCAGAUGGUGUGUACUUGGUGCUACUGAUGGGGCUGUUGGAAGGCUACUUUGUGCCACUCUACAAUUUCUUCCUAACUCCAGAGAGUUUUGAGCAAAAGGUUCACAAUGUUUCCUUUGCCUUUGAACUGAUGCAGGAUGGAGGACUGAAAAAGCCAAAAGCACGACCUGAAGAUGUUGUCAACUUGAAUUUAAAAUCUACGUUGCGUGUUCUCUACAAUCUGUUUACAAACUACAAGAAUGCAGAUUAAGCAGGAGCUGCAGAACUUUACAUGACAGCAGUAUCCCCAUUACCAACCUUUCUCUAAUCCUAAUUUUAAACUUUCUAACUGGACAUUGAUUGGCCACAUGUGUUACUCCUGGGAAUGCAGAGAUUAAGCUGCAGCACUCGCCAUUUGGUUCAGGGGUCCAGUAGUGACCAAACACAUUAUGGUGGCGGCAGUUGGCUUGGUGUUUUCAGAGAUAUGCUAAGCAGAGCUUACCUUUUUUCUCAGAAACAAUGUUGGAAUGUAAUCACAAGAACUAUUUACUAAUUGGCUGGUGUUGCCCCACCAGCUCUGUUAGUUUUUUUUUUUUUUUAUCUCUGCCUCUUUCAUACUCCUCUUUUCUGUCCUAUGGAUGCCUGAUGUGGGUACCCAAAGCCCCUAGCUUUGCAGCCAGUGAUCUGUUACUAUUAAAUCUUGGAAAUGGGUACAUGUGAUCGCUGCAAGGGUCCUAGGCAAGUCUAUCGUUACUGUAUGAUGCACCACUUUCAGAAAAAAAUGUUUCCUUUGACUGCCAGGAUGUGGGCAGAGAAAGCGUGGCCUUUUUUGAGAGUAAUACCACAACACCCAAGGUUCAUAUGUGCGAGCUGUUGCCCAGGUUCUUCUAUGAGCUGUUUUUAUGUUUUACCAAGAAGAGUUAAAACAGAGUAAUGGCAAAUGUCUCCCACUCUUGGACAAAUGGCUGACAAAUGUGGUUGUCUGAAAUAUCCUGAAAAACUGCUGAAGCAACCUUAAUGGUGUCUGGUCUCAAAUAUCAUGGGGAAGGAAUUUAUAUGUGCAUUCAUAUUUCAAGAUAACAAAUGUAAACUAACCCCACUUCUUGGAUCCUUGCCCAGGACACAACACUUUAAGAUGUUCUACCUUUUCAUUGCAUAAUAAUUUCUGUAUUUGUACUAUUUUCUUCAUACAUAGACAAAACAUAAAUGUUUUGAGAUUCUCAUAAUUUAUGAAACUUGAGUUGCUGUCAAAACAUCAAGCCAUUACUUUGUCAAAUAUGCCCUGUGUACAGAUGGUGUAUUCCUAUUUUUCCCUUAAUAAAUUAUUCUAAGUGUCUUCUUUGUUAAAGAUGACUACUGCAAUAAAUCUUUUCAGAAACUA